CGACGCUCUACUGUAGUUUUUUUUUAACUAGACCUCGUAUUCUCGAAAUAUAGUAGAAAUUAUACAGCUUGAAAAUAAAAUAAUAAUGUACAAACAAAAGUUUUCCGGUAGAUUGUCAUGUUUACAUAUUCAUUAAAGAUAACCGUUUGUUUAAUAAUGUUUUAGUACUCUAAUCAAAGCUUUCCUGGUAGUGUCUAAGUUAUUAAAUUCACGGUCAAUUCGAUUUAUCUAUUUAACAAAGUGCUUUCGGCUACUUUAGUUCGUGUAUUUUAGACAAUUCAAAUAGGUUAAAUUUUAUGAGAUAUAUUUUUUUUAAAGAUGAAGAAAUUGAUUAUAGAUGUCGAUGUGGGCACCGAUGAUUAUUUAGCAUUGCUUUACUUAAUAAAUCUUGAAAAAAGCGGAGAAGUUAAAAUUUUGGGGGUGGUUUGUACAAGUGGAAAUACAAUUUUGGACCAUGUUGUGACGCACGUUGUUAGAUUGUUGGAGAGUGUUAAUAGGACUGAUAUUCCAGUAUUUAAGGGAUCAAAAAACCACAUUCUCCUGCACAAAUGUGAAGAAAUCAGAUAUCACGGUGAGGAUGGUUUUGGAGACUUAAAAUAUGACCGACAACCAGAUUUAUCAAUAGUUAAUAGCACUCCAGCUUCUAUCGCUAUCAAUGAUUUAGUUAGUGCAAAUCCACACGAGGUGUCGUUGGUCUGUUUAGGACCACUUACAAGUUUAGCGCUGGCUAUAAAAUUAUAUGAUGAUUUGGUUGACAAAAUCAAGGACGUUUGGUUAAUGGGAGGAAAUUAUACUGGUAUAGGAAAUUCUACAUGUGCAGCAGAAUUUAACUUCCAUACAGAUCCAGAAGCGGCCUAUAUAGUUUUGGAAACUUUAAAAUGUCCCACGUAUAUUUACCCUUGGGAAGCCUGUCUGAUGCCACAAAUAUCUUUAGAAUGGAGAUUUGAAACUCUAGGCAGUUCCACACCCGCACUAGAACUUUUAACCAGAGCAGAGAAGGUAGUAUCGGAGGUACACAAUCAUGAAUAUUACAUCCCAUGUGACGCAUUUUUAGCUUUUUGUUUUGUUAAGCCCGAAUUACAUAUUACUAAAAGUAGCAGACACCAUGCCUCUGUGGAACUGCAUGGAGAGCUUACAAGAGGCCAAGUAGUUUUAGACCAUUUAAAAAUUAAAGAACCAAAUAUCGUUAUGAUUGAAAAUUUGGAUAGAGAAUUGUUUAUGGAAGAAUUGUUAAAACUACGGAAAUGAAAAAUGUAAAUAAUUUCAGUAGAAAUGCAUUUUAAAUAUAACUUUAGUGUGUUAUUGUGCGGUUUUAUUUAUUUCAACCAGUUCUUAAACUAAAUAAAUACAUAUAUUAAAAAUGCAUUAAAUUUUACAAUCGAACACUUUUUGCUUAAUGCUAUAUAGAUUUGAAAUAUAAUCUUGUGCCACCACAAUAUGUUUU